AUGACAACUGCAGAGAUUAACCACAUAAACAACAACAAAGUAGACAACAACAUAGAAAACAACAUAGACAAUAACAACAUAGACAACAACAACAUUAACAACAACAACAACAACAUAGACAACAACAACAUUAACAACAACAACAUUAACAACAACAACAUAGACAACAACAUAGAUAACAGCAACAACAACAACACCGACAACAUCAUCAACAACAUCAUCAACAACAGCAACAACAAUGACGCCAACGAGACUAAAAUAAAAAUUCCACUCGCGAUGAAAAAGACUCUCAUUCAAUGGAAGCCGGGUGUCAAGGUCACGAGCCCUGAUGACGAUAGAGGGAGGAUGAAGUUUAUAUUUGAAACUGUUCAAGAUCCACCAGGCAAAGAAAGCAAAGAAAAAGAGUGGGAAAGACAUAGAGCACUACGGACAACCUUCCAGUUGCCAAAAACGGUCACUCCUGGCCCGGCGCAUUACAAUGUCAUCCAGUGCCCACUUCCACGCAAGACAAACGCCUGUGAUUAUUGUCAGGGCUCCAUGAGUUCGAAGACAGUGAGAUUCAAAUCCUUAUGUGACGUCAUACCGACCCCCGGGCCAUGUGACUAUGACGUCGACUUGUCAGUUUUGAAGAAUAGAAGAGAUUUCAAUUUGGUCAGCUCUCUUCUCAAUCCCGUACUCUAUGGAAAAGAGCCCAGUUGUGAACCAACAUCACCCGCGCCAAACCAGUACAACAUCCUUGAAAACAAGUGCUGCUACUGGAGGACGUUUCAUUCGUUAUUCGCACGAAAUGCAUGCAAAGGUAGGAAGAAACAACUCGAGAUCGGGGAUGCAAGUACCAACUCGGGGAUGAACCAUCCAUCCCCAAACGAGUACAGCAUUAAAGAUGACGUCAUCCACAAAUCUGUCUGCCAGGUGGCCAACGCAUCCUUCCGCUCCAAAGUUCAGACGUUGGACGGCCUGAUAAAACAAACGAAGAUAAAGGCUUACACGCCGGCUCCUGACUACUACCACAACGACUACAACUUCCGGAAUGAGAGGAAUAGAAGAUAUUUAAGAAUCACUAAACAAAAUUUCUGUCCGGAUGUUGUGGCGAAUUCUGCAACUUUUAUGCCAAAUAUGGGCUUCAGUCGGAUGACAGCAGAGGCAAAUGGUGACGGUGGAGCCCUCUUCGUGGGCAGAACUCUGGUCAGGUACCCGAAAUCUAGCAACUUCAAAGCCGCUGUGUAUCAAGUGCCGGGCCCAGGCGCCUACAACGCAUUCAACAAAAACGAUCACAAAUGCAGCCAGUUCAACAACAAAUCAACGAAAGUGACUUUCAAACCACAGCUCUGUGAGACAUUCCUACGAAGGAUUCGAACCCAGGCUCUCGCACCCAACCUAUACAGGCCUGAAAUUCCUGGCAAGAAGUCCUUCCACUAUCCUACCAAAAAGGUCUUUUUGUCGAUGGUUUGA